AUGACAUUGACAUCCAAUAUUUUCUCAUUCAUUUUCACUUUUCACUAAAUUUCACUGAUGUAUAAAAUUAAUUACUCCUGUCUGCUGUGUAUUUUUGUCGUUGGAUUUGGAUAUAAUAAAGGAAAUUGAUAAAAAAUUAUACUUUACAGUUUGUAUCUUAUCACCGACCGAGCGGUUUGUGUUGUGUUAAGUUUAUUUGAUUUGUUAGCUAUGGAAUCUAAGAUUGAAAUUAAGGAAGAGUAUCUUGGAAGUAGUCAAAUACACAAAGAAAAUAAACUAUCCACAAUAAUUGAUCCUGGGCAUAUUAAGAGUGGUCCAGUAGAUAACUCAGUUAUAGCUGUAAAAACUGAAAUUAAGGAAGAGUUUGGUGAUGGUAAUCGAAGAUAUGUGGAGAGUCAACCAUCCACUUUUCUUGAUCUGGAAGGAUUCAAGAAUGAACCAGAAUUUAAUUCAGCUCUGAUAAUAAAAGCUGGUGUUAAGGAAGAGCUCCUUGAAGGUGAUCUAAGAUAUAUAAAGUGCCAACUGUCCACUUCCCUUGAUCUAGAAGGAUUGAAGAAUGAGUCAGAUGAAUAUAACUCAGAUGAGGCAGUAAAAGCUGAAUUUAAGGACGAGUUUGUUGAAGAUGAUCCAACAUGUAUAGAGAGUCAGCCGUCCACCUCCCAUGAUCUUGGAGACUGCAAGAAUGAAGACACAUCAGGCUUUCUUGAAGAGAAUACGUAUCCAUCUAUUGAAGAAAAAACAAUAAAAUGUGAAAUUUGUUUUAAACGUUUUAGCCAAGCAGGUCAUUUGAAAACACAUUUGAGAGUGCACACUGGGGAAAAAUCUUACAAGUGUGAAAUUUGUUUUAGGCAAUUUAGUGACGCAAGUAAUUUGAAAACACAUCUGAGAGUGCACAGUAAAGAAAAGCAUUACAAGUGUGAAAUUUGUUCUAAACAAUUUAGCCAAGCAUAUUAUUUGAAAUCACAUUUUAGAGUGCACACUGCAGGGGAAAAACCUAACAAGUGUGAAAUUUGUUUAAAACAGUGUACUACUGCAAGUCGUUUGAAAAAACAUUUGAAAGUGCACACUGCGGAAAAACCUUACAAGUGUGAAAUGUGUUGUAAGAAAUUUAUUCAAGCAAAUCAUUUUAAAACACAUUUGAGAGUGCACACUGAAGAAAAACCUUAUAAGUGUGAAAUUUGUUUUAAACAGUUUAACCAAGCAACUAAUUUAAAAACACAUUUGAGAUUGCACACUGGAGAAAAACCUUAUAAGUGUGAAAUUUGCUUCAAACGGUUUGCUUAUAAACUGUCUUUAGACAUACAUACGAAAGUUCACACCGGGCAAAAACCUCACAAGUGUGAAAUUUGUUUUAAGCAGUUUACAACAGCAAAUAGUUUAAAAGCACAUUUGAGAGUACACACUGGAGAAAAUCCGUACAAGUGUGAAAUUUGUUUUAAACAAUUUAGUGAAGCAAGGAAUUUAAAAGCACAUUUGAGAGUACACACCGGGGAAAAACCUUAUAAGUGUGAAAUUUGCUUUAAACAGUUUGCUUAUAAACUGUCUUUAGACAUACAUACGAAAGUUCACACCGGGCAAAAACCUCACAAGUGUGAAAUUUGUUUUAAGCAGUUUACAACAGCAAGUAGUUUAAAAGCACAUUUGAGAGUACACACUGGAGAAAAGCCGUACAAGUGUGAAAUUUGUUUUAAUCAAUUUAGUGAAGCAAGGAAUUUAAAAGCACAUUUGAGAGUACACACUGGAGAAAAACCUUAUAAGUGUGAAAUUUGCUUCAAACAGUUUGCUUAUAAACUGUCUUUAGACAUACAUACGAAAGUUCACACCGGGCAAAAACCUCACAAGUGUGAAAUUUGUUUUAAGCAGUUUACAACAGCAAGUAGUUUAAGAGCACAUUUGAGAGUACACACUGGAGAAAAGCCGUACAAGUGUGAAAUUUGUUGUAAGCAGUUUAAGCAGUUACAGAGUUUAAAAACACAUUUGGGAGUACACACUGGGGAAAAACCUUACAAGUGUGAAAUUUGCUUAAAACAGUUUAUUACAGCAAGAUAUUUAAAAUUACAUAUGAGAUUGCACACUGGAAAGAAUCCUUAUAAGUGUGAAAUUUGCUUCAAACAGUUUGCUUAUAAAAAUGCUUUAGACAUACAUACGAAAGUUCACACCGGGCACAAACCAUACAAGUGUGAAAUUUGUUUUAAGCAGUUUUCUCAGAAAGGUAGUUUGGAAAGACAUUUAAAAACUCAACACUAGAUAAAAACCAGGCGAAUGUGAAUUUUGUUUCAAAUUGUGCUGGCACGGUCAUACAAAUCAAUUCUUGAAUUAGUACCCGGAUUUGAUUUUAUUCUUAAAAAUUGUAUUUGUUUUUGAUGAAAGAAUGUGAUGUACCUUUAGGCUAUAAAUCAGAUACAUUGUAUUGGAAAAACAAAAAAAUUAAUUAAGUAAUAAACGUAUUUCAUUAAAUUGCUCAAAACUUGGGUACUUAUACCUACUAAAACCUGUGAAUUAAUAAAAUGCUCUAGAAAUUAAAAAGUUGCUU